AUGGCCGUCCCCCCGCUCUCCCAAGGCGCCGGCUACGGCGUCGUCAUCGGCCUUGGCGCCUUGUUCGCCAUCGUCGUCGUCGGUAUCUCCCGCUCCCUCGUUCGCUACGCUGGCAUCAGCCGCGAUGCUGAAGAGUUCUCCGUCGCUCGUCGUUCCCUCGGCACCGGUCUCACCGCUGCCGCCGUCAUCUCGUCAUGGACUUGGUCUACCACGCUCCUCUCCUCCGUCUCCACUGCUUACAACUACGGUGUGGCAGGCGCCAUGCUCUACGCCUCGGGCAACUGCACCCAGAUCGUCCUCUUCUCCACCCUUGCCAUCCAGCUCAAGCGUCGCGCCCCUUCCGUGCACACGUACCUUGAGCUCGUCCGCAUUCGCUUCGGCACUCUCCCCCACUUUACGUACAUCUUCUUCGCCCUGGCCACCAACAUCCUCGUCUGCAGCUCCGUCCUGCUCGGCGGAGCGGCGGCGAUCAACUCGAUCACGGGCAUGAACACCUACGCUGCGCUAUUCCUUCUCCCCGCCAGUGUCGUAGCCUACACCCUCCGCGGUGGUCUGCGAAGCACCAUCCUCGCAGACUACCUGCACACGGUGAUCAUCUUCAUCAUCCUCUUUAUCCUGUGGUUGCGGGCGUACGCCACGUUCCCCGAGAUUGGAUCGCCGGCUGCGAUGUACGAUCUCUUGGUGCGGGCGCAGCGCAACAUCAACGUCGAGGGCAACUACCAGGGGAGCGUGCUGACACUCAAGACUGAGGGUGGGCAGUACUUCGCCUGGCUCUCGGCGCUGGAGUAUACCGGUGUGGUCUUCCUCGAUGCCUCUUUCCAUCAGAAGGGUGUUGCUGCUAUGCCCGAAGCUGCCUUCCCCGGCUACCUCAUCGGUGGUCUUGCUUGGUUCUCCAUUCCCUUCUGUCUUGCCACCACUGCCGGUCUCGCCGCUUUGGCGCUGGAAACCGCCUACCCUGGCUUCCCGACCUACCCCAACCGCAUCCCCAAAGCCGAUGUCUCUGCCGGUCUCGUCCUGCCCUACGCCGCCCAAGCCCUCCUUGGCAAGGGUGGCUCCGCAGCAGUGUUGCUCCUCAUGUUCAUGUCCUGCACCUCGGCCAUCUCCGCCCAGAUGGUCGGCGUAUCCACCGUUGUGUCCUACGACAUCUUCAAGACCUACUUCCGCCCCACCAUCGGCGCCGACAAGCUGCUGCGUGUCAACCAGUACGUCGUAGCUGGUUUCGGUCUGUUCGCUGCCGCCUUCGCCUCGCUGCUCCAUGGAAUCGGUCUCGACCUUGGCAUCAUUUACAACCUCACGGGUAUCUUCACCGGUGCAGGUCUGUCGCCGUUGAUCUUCAUCUUCUUCGACACGCGUCUGCAUCCCGCCGUCGUGUUCCCGGGUAUCUGGAUCAACUUUGCCUCUGGUGUCGCCGUCUGGCUCUCUCUCGCGUACCACCGAUCGGGUGUUGUCAACCUGGAGAGUGUCGGUGGGGUUGUUCCGUGCUUGGCUGGAUGUGGUACGGGUAUCGGCGUCGGUCUAGUGCUGUCUCUGCUCUCAGUCUUUUUCUUCCCUCGCGAGUUUGCGUGGGAGCGCAUCCCCGAGAUCCUCGAGCAGCAGCAUCGCGAACAAGUGGCUCGCGUCACCAAGGAGCCCGUCGCAGCCAUCGCCGGCGAGGGCAAGACGGAGAGCAUCAACUCGACCGACCCGCGCUCCCAACUCGAGAUCAUCGAAAACGAUCCCGCCUACAACAAGGCCCGUCUGGACCGGUUCUUCAAGAUCGCCGUCGCCUCCUCGCUGACGAUUUUCGUGGUGAUCACCAUCAUCUGGCCCUUCAGUCUGUACAGGGACUACGUGUUUACGAGGAACUUCUUCCAGGGCUGGGUGAUUGUCAGCUUCAUCUGGGCCAUCCUGGCCUUUGUCGGUGUCGGCAUCUUCCCCCUUGUCCAGGGUAUCCCCGUGGCCAAGACCAUCCUGUUCAACCUCAGGAACAAGGUCAAGAACGGCGGACGGGAGCAGGGCGAGGGGACGGUAUCGCCUGGUGCAGAGAAGGCCAGCGAGGGUCAGAGCAACUCGUCCUUUGUCGCCUAA